AUGACGGUCUUCGAUGGAACAUCUUGCCCGGAGGAACACUUGAUGGCAUACAAAAAGUUGAUGUUGCUGUACACCACCAACCCAGCAUUGUGGUGUAAAUUCUUCCCAAAUACUCUCACAGGAGUAGACUUGACGUGGUACAACUCUCUUCCAGGGAGAAGUAUCCACACUUUUGCCCAAUUAGAGAGCAAAUUUCUUGGUCACUUUGUGGCAUCCAGAAGGCAGGAGAAAUCAAACUUCCAUUUGCUCAGCAUAACUGCUGAAGGUAAUGGAUUUGGAAGAAUCAGUCGCCUUAAAUGCCCUGAUCAACGGAAUGAAGGCUCAAAGGCUGAAGUUCUAGCACAUGACCCCAAAAAACGAAAGUCAGAGAAGGAGGAUCCGACAUUCUCCCAUCAAUCCUCACGAAACAGGGAGGAACAUUCGUCAAGAAGAGACAGAAACUACAUGUCACGUCGUCCGGAACCCCCAUCAGACAUGGGACCUCCACGAUCCAAACAUAUAUAUGUCACAGAAGGGGAAGCCAGGACACGGAAUUUGCUCGACGGAGGUAAUGAUCCGAUGUUCAACCGCAACAGAAAAGACAUAUUCUUUGCCAUUCGGGACGAGUUGCCAACUCCACCCCCUACUACCACCCCCUCUGAUUGUCGCAACUACAAUUUGUGGUGUGAUUACCACAAGGAACAUGGGCAUACCUUGGUCCAAUGUCGCGAACUCAAGCGUAUCCUACACCAGUUGGCCGACGAGGGAAAGCUAUCAAGGUUCAUUAACCGAAAAGACUAUAGCACGAGAGGCGACCCGGAAAGAAGGCCUUGGAACCAGAAGCACAGAUCUCCCAGAAGAGAUGAGGCUAGACGAGAAAGUUCCAACACACAAGGAACCAUCAACAUGAUUUUCGACGGCUACUCCGAAGAAUACCCUACAAUUUGCGCUGCGAAAGACAACGUUCAUACUCUGCUCAAAGGACCACCAAAGUCCACAUCAAGUGGACCGAUCAUGAGGUUUGAUGCUACUACUUCCCAACCGUUGCAACAACCACACACUGAUCCUUUAGUGGUUACCAUCAAGAUUGGGCAAAUGAUAGUGAGGCGAGUAUUGGUGGAUACAAGAAGCACGACCGAUCUUAUAACGAUGGAAUGCCUCAAGCAAAUGAAGUUCAAAGAAAAUCACUUACAUCCCCUAGAUAAACCCUUGAUCCGGUUCGGAGGAAAUCAAGUCAUACCCCUGGGAACAAUCAUACUCCCUAUACGGGUGGGGGAGAAAGACAGAAGUAGAAUGCCCAUACGAUUCACGGUGGUGGACCUGACAUUCCCUUAUAAUGUCAUCAUGGGACUCCCACUCAUCAACAAAAUCAAAGCCGCAAUCUUCCCUCAUCAACUUUGA